UUAUAUUAAAAUAUACUGUCGUUUCUGUAUACGGAAAUGGGCGGAUAGUGGACAGGAACACUUCGACAGGAUGCUUGUGGCAUGCUGUGUGUUUGUUGAGAGAUAAGAACUAGCACUAUAACAGAAUGCAAAGCGCUCAGCCCAGGUUGACGAUAAGUAACGUCGCGUUCAGGGAACACCUGCGAGAGCAUCACUGCAUGUGGUUACCUGUUUAUCUGCCCGCCCAUAACGAACCUGUCCCUAUAGACGUUGCUGUGUGGUUGUUUGAAUUGCGACAUUACAGCGAUUCUAAUGAGGUGCCGUGUAAUUCGAGUGUGAAUUUAGACUAUGACAGUGUAGCUGACAGCAGUUGUGAGUUACAUACAGAGGAAUCUCAGAAACUCAACCUUAAAAAAAGUGACGAAAUAAAACAGAACUGUCAUUCUGAGGUGAAGGAGCAUCCUAGUAAUGCAGAAAACUCUACUCCAAAGGAAGACAUUCCAGGGUUGCUGAUUUAUGAGGAAGCUUAUGUUAAGAUUCACAGCAAGGAGGAAGCCCAAAUUCGCCAUUGUGACAUACAGGAAUAUUCUGAAAAUUCUUCCCUAGGUGAAGAUAUUCCAGGCUUGGUGAUUCAGAAGAAAGAAGUUUCUGUUGAGAGUCCUGGCAAGACUGAAGAAAGCUUGAUUUGCCAUUGGUGCCCUGAAAAUUCUGCCACAAGAGAAGAUAUUCCAGGGUUGCUGAUUCAGAAGGAAGAAGUUUGUGCUGAGAAUCUCAGGAAAGGCGAAGAUAUCCUGAACUGCCAUUGUGAAUGUUCUGAAAAUUCAACUUCCAGAGAAGACAUUACAGGGUUACAGCAGACACAAGGGGAUAGUAUUCAGAGUCACAAAUGUGAUCGUGCCGGUGCUGGCAGUGAUGGUGAUGAUGUAUCAUUCAAGAUUUGCAGUGGUAUUGUACUGGGAAAUGGAAUAGUGCACACUGAUGAAGAUAACCAGGAAGUAUAUCAGCAUGAAGUAGGUGAAUCGCCCAGCUGUAAUCAUGCGCUGAAAUAUAACAGCAUCCUGUGGGAGGCAAAUCCCCUCUAUUGUGGAGUAGGCCUAGAAGGGAAUGGGAGAGUGAUCAGGAAGUUGUGUCAUAACGCUUUGGAACACCCAGGCAGCAGUAUACAUGUAGAUUCUGUAGAGGAAUCUGGAUGGGGUUCCUGCGAAACAAGUGAACCUGUUGUUACAAGUUUCAUUGAGUGUGGAGUAGACUGUAUAUUGAAAACUUGUUGUUCAGUAUGUGGGUGUGGAACAUUCAGUAGCGAGUUCCCCUUGAAUGUAUGCAGCAAUUGUUGUUCAUUGGGAGAAGAAACAUGUCAGUGUAGGACAGAUCGCAAUGCAGACACACAUCUGAUAGACAGCUGCGUUGGUGAAACAGCUUUCAGUGUUACAGACAUAAAGAAAGUAAAUGCUGAGAUUUAUGGAUGGGAUGUAACACAGAAUGUGUCUGGUAUUCAUGAUGACCUUCUUACAGGCAUCAGUAACACUGGCAGUGACUGUGAUAAAGCAGUCAACUGCCAUCCCACGUCAGAGUAUUUUGGUGAUGGUGAUGAAGAGUUAGCGCCUUGUGGUGAAAAGUAUGAGGAAGUGCUCCAUCAUUUGGAACUGACCAUCCAGAACCUGCUGGUUGCCACAGGUGACAUAUCAGGUGAUCAUGAAAUGGAACCUGAUGCUGACUUCUUGAAGCUAUGUCAAGAAGCACAGGAUUUGGCGGAAGAGACUUCUCAGCAGUGUUCAGCCCAGAUAAAUUCCAAAAGAAAUAAGGCCCGAAGCAUUACUUUGAGUUCUGAUCUGUCGGAUGAAGUGUUCAUUAAUUCUCCAUCUUCUGAUAAUGUGACGCAUGCAUUACUACAAGAAGUGCACAGGCGUUAUACUUCAGACAUUAAUUCUAUAUUUGAUGAUGGCACAAAACCACCUGUGCCCCCAGCCCGGAUGAAGAGGAACAAGGAAAGAUCAAAAACAUUACAUGUUACUGAACAAAAAGUUGUAGAUGAAACUAAAGUUUCUGAUACUGCAUCUGACAACUGUCUGGAGAGUCCAAAUCAUUCAAAUGAUACAGAAUUGUCAGUGGAGAAAGGUAAUAAUGAAAAUAGUUUGCUGGAUUGUCAGGAGCUAUUAAUAAUGAAACGCGUUACAGAAAGUACCAAAGAGAAGAGGAAUGUCAGGGUGGCUUCUCAUUAUGAAGACAGAAAUUUGUACAGUCAUGCGUGCCAUGCACAUCAGUGUGUUCCGGAUUGUGACUCUACAGAUGUAGCUGUUGUGUCUGGCGGUUCUCAUCCACCAUUGGAUGGCAAAAAUUCUGAGUCCUUUGUACCAGAUGACGUAGUAAUUAGAAAACCUGACGAGUGUGGUGAAUAUCUGAACAUUGUUUUGACGCGAACUCGACCCAUUUCCUCAACAGAAUUUCCACCCUCAGAGCAACAAAUUGACAGUGUUUCAUCUGCCUGUGAGGACAGACUGCCAAGUGAGUCAGUUUCAGCGGAAACCAUGUGUGAUAAAAGUGGUAUUUUGUUGCAAACCCGCAAAGGCAGCACGUCUAGUGAUAUUGCUGCAUGGAAACAGGAACUCCAGAAUUCUGGCCUCUUUUAUUUGGAUGAUGAGUGGGAUGCAGAUUGUAUGUUGCAGCCAGACAAGUGGUUUUCAUCAAAUGACUCAGAAGGACGGGUAUACUUUUUUGAAGAAAACAGCAAUGUGUCUUCCUGGACUUUACCAGACUUCGGUAAUGCUGGAUGUGAUAAUCCUACACAUCCUCUUCAUCCAAACCUAAGUGAAUCGGGAGAAGAGGCAAAGAAAGAAGCAAAAGAUGACCAGUAUGUGGGUACAGAUGUUCAAUUACGUUCAGGUCAGCAAGAGUGUCAGCCUGAAAGCAGGGUUCAGCAUCGCAUGGUCAAAGCUCAUUCCAUGGUGUUGGCAGAUGCUAGUAGAAAGAAGCAGACGUCUAGCAAGUCAUCAUCAGUCCCAAGGAACUGGCCACAAUUAUGGGAUGGAAACAUGUGUGUGCUUAAGGAGGGAACAUUAAAUCGCACAAAAAUUACGGAGAAUGGCAAGAAGUUGCGCAAGAACUGGGCACCAGCCCAUGUUGUCCUUACAGAACUUUUUCUGCUUUUCUUCAAGGAUGCUAAAACAUUUGAGACCAUGAAAAUUUCUCAUGGAGAGAGUGCUUCAGGGGCAGCACAGCCAGAGUUCUCUAUAGAUCUGAAUGGUGCAUUGCUGGAGCAUGGAGAAAAGGCAUCAAGUCGACGUAAUGUAUUUCUUGUAACAACAGUGCUUGGUCUACAGGUACUAUUGCAGUGUGAAAAUGCUCAACAGGAAGAAGAAUGGUACAAGGCCAUCCACAAAGCUAUCAAAGAUCUUCCAUCUGCAUAUGAUGCAAGUCCAAGGAAUAAAGCAGCAAAACUAAAUCCCCAGCACUUGAGUUCAAGCUCACCCGAGGAAACAAAAAAGUCCUCUUACAUUGGACGUUCAAGAUCAGUGAAAUCAGUAAAAGUAACUUCAAAAGAUGGGAGCCAAGAAGACUUAACUGCAAGUUCUGAGGAGAGUCAAACCAAGAUCCGCAAUCGCCUCAAGAAGUUCUUCCAUCGUAGGCCAACCAAAGAGAUUCUGGUCAAGAAAGGCAUCUAUAAAGAUGAACCUGUUUUUGGCUGUCAUCUGGCAGAUGUGUGCAGGGGAGAGUCUCCUAGAGUGCCUGCCUUUGUGCAGCACUGUGUUGCUGCUAUUGAAUGCAAGGAGGAGAAUAUGAAGACUGAUGGGCUGUAUCGUGCAUCAGGGAACCUGUCCCAGGUUCAGAAGAUCAGGCUACAGGUAGACCAGAAUAACUUGGAAGUCUUAGAGCAGGAAGAAGACGUGCAUGUACUCACAGGUGCACUUAAGCUCUUUUUCCGCGAAUUGAAGAAACCUCUCAUUCCUUUUGAUCAUUUCAGUAAAGCACUGAAAGCAAGUACAAACCCCAACAAGAAGGAGAAACUGCAGCAGUUCAAGGAGAUUGUUAAAGCACUUCCCCUUCCAAAUCGAGAUACUCUUGAGUUCUUGCUUAGACAUUUGCUCAGAGUGACCGAGUAUAAAGAAUUCAAUCGCAUGCACAUUCCAAACCUCGCAAUUGUCUUUGGUCCAACACUUAUGUGGCCAGAGGCAGAGUCCAGUAAUAUGGCCCUGGACCUAAUGCAACAAAACCUUGUAAUUGAGUGCUUCCUGCAGGAAUUUUACAGCAUCUUCCAGUGAUGUAUGUUCCACUUUGAAGUGCUUCUGGCAGUACUGACCAUUGUUGAACUUCUAGUGAAUUGUAACUUGCUGUUAGACAGUAUUUGUCACUGCAGUCUAGUAAAGUGAGCACUGAAGUCUUAGCUUUACAUUUGCAGUGAAUUAUCAGGAUAUUAUUUGUGAUUCUCAGCCUUACUUCUAAGAUAUGAAGACUGUAAAAGUACCAGUCAGAGACUGUGCUUAGAGAUUUGAUGGGUUUGUAGAGGUAGUUAUGCAAAAUACAGUGGAAGCCCCAUUUAAUGUUUCUUGAUUUGAGGUUUUUCUUCAUUAAAUGUUCAAUUUCUGUAGUCCUUUCAUUACCUGAAUUUUACAUUCCCCUCAUUUAAGAUCUUUCUCGUUUGACUGCAUUAAUGCUAUAUUGUAUGAGUACAAAUGGGAUGCAUCAAUUGAACGUUGUUAGUGUGCAAAAAUGUAUUAAAGAAAAAUUAAUGUAAAGCCAGGUUUAGAAAUAUGACAACCUGAUAUGAUACAUAAUUAUUAAAUGGUGCAGAUGCAUAAAGAUACAGUAUGCAAGAAUGUAUUUGUUAUAAUGAAUAAUGAAUUUGGAAAGUAGAAUUUUAAGUGAAGCAGUCAUACAGUGUAAUGAGUAGAGGGCCAGAAAAUUUGAGAUAAAAUAUACAAAAUAUAAUUAGUGCCAACAGUGGUAUACAAAAAGCAGUAUAUUACAGAUGAUCAGUGACAGUCAGGGUGAGAGAUUGUCAGAGAUGGAAAAACAGUGUAAUGUCUUUUCAUUGUAAUGAAAAUAUAUUACACAUACUAGAAGAAGGAUAUUAUUUUUGCAGUGUAUUAAUAUGGAAUUUUGUUGUUUAAUAUGUGUAAAAAUGAGGAAUUUGUGUACUCAAAGUGGGGGGAAAAAUAUUGUGCCUUUAAUAUACAAAAUAAUAUAGUUUAACAGAUACCUGCGGGUUUUGUGCAUAAUGACCCCAUUUGGGCAAAUUUAUAUGGCUCUCCGGUUCAUCUGUUAGCAAGGAUAAAGUCACAGGGUUGGUAUACAAGAUACAAAAUGAAAAUUUCCUGAUCAGUAUAUUAUCCAUUAGUCUUUAAAACAAUAAUGGGCAGUUAUUUUUUGUUUGGGAUUGGAUGAGUCUGUUUCACAAUCUCCAUGGAUUGGAGAGUCUUAGAAACAAUUUUGUAGUUCAGUAAUUGGCUAUUAAUUACUUCCAGUGACUAAACACAAUUUAGACUACUAUAUAUACAAAAAUACAUAACAAAUUGUAUUAUUAACAGUUAAUAUGCACACGAUAACCGAAGUCCUGAUGUAUGUUCUCAGGAUCCUAAAUACAUACAUACAUACAUACAUACAGUUAAGUCUGGAGUUGGUUGCACUCAACUCUCUCGACUCUGUAUGUGCAACAGGGACCUCAGAAUGGGAAUUUGUCACAAUUCUACAUUUGUAUCUGUUUUAUUUAUAUUUUACAAUUACACACAGUAACAGUGGAGAAAGUGUAGAUAAUUAGAAAUGAUGGAUAAGCAAGAUACCGUGUUUAUUUGGAAUUUUUUAUUUUGGAAUUUGAAAAAAUGAUAUAUCUGACUGUUUUGUAGCAUUCUGUCUUCUUUGGUUCAAGGUUAUUGAAAUGUGCUUUACCAUUGAUGGAAUGCUGCAGUGUAUGGCACAGUCUGAAGGUCAGUGGUUUAAUGGUUGUACACACAAUGAAAAGUAAUGAGAUAAUUUUUGUUGUGAAUCAUUCAUUGAUUCUAGAAGAAGGAACUGUAAAUGCCAAAUUUUAUCUAGAAGUGAUGGAACAAUUGUUGCAAUGAAUUUGACUGGUCAGUCCAAAUUUUCAUGAAAAACAAAAACUGUGUUUUGUUGCUUGACUGUGCACCAGCAUAAACUGCAUUAAUUGUUCAGAAAUUUCUUUCACAGAGAGGAGUUGCUGAAAUUAACAUCUGCAUGCGCAAGCCCACACACACAUUCACAAACAUCAAAUUUGGUUCUGGCUGACUUUUUUCUCCUCCUCAAGUGAAGAUGAAAGUGAAAUGAUCUUGUACCAUCAGAAGCGCUCAAAAGAAUGUGACCAACUAUCUCUAGGAGAUAUCUUUGGAGAAAUUUAAGGAUGCUUUCAACAAUUAAGAGAUUGGUGUAAUAAGUGGAUAGCGUCCCAUGGGAACUAUUUUGAAUGAUUAUCAUAAUAAAUUUUUUCCUGGACUCCUGCUUUUCCCUUUUAGAAGUUUUGUCUCAUUACUUUUCAGAUGAACUGUAUACAUUACAGUAGAAUACCAUGGUACAAAUUAUGGGUGAUUAUGUUGAAAAGAGAGGUUCUACAGUGUCACGGAUAUUGGAAGGUGUACUUCACAGCUAUAUCGCAGUGUUUAAAUUAAUGUCUGUGAAGCCUGUGAAAGAAACUAAUGAUUGAUUUGUGGCAUGAGAACUUUGCAUUACCAAAGUAAACAUCUAGGACUGGAGGAAAUCAAAUGAAAAAAUUUACAGUGUGCCAGUUACAUACUUGUAUGAAGGGCAUUUUAAGGGCUGAAAUAGUGAUGAUGAAAUGCAACAAGGUGCAAAGACAUACAGUCUGCUGCAAAUUGUUUUAAUUUGUCACUGUUACAUGUUACUGAAAAGAAGUAAAUUUAGAAAAUCAUUAUGGGAAGCUAUAAGCAGUAAUUGGGCAGUUAUAAAGGUUCCAUGGUUAAUCUGCCAGCCAAUAAUUGAGUGUACUCUACAGUAGUUUUGCUAUGCCAAGUGCAAAGAAUUAAAAAUUAUAGAAUAUCACAGCAGCCCAAAGGCUGUAUUUGCCUCUCUGUUUUGUGAAGAUAAAUUGCAAUUUCCUUGUGUUAUAGCUUUCCUGCACACCUCUCAUUUUGAAUGGGGAUUUCACUGUAUAAGAAAGUAUUUACCAAAAUCACUGUGACAGGAGCUCCAGUAAAUGAUCUGAACAAGAUUUUUGAAAUAUUGGGAUUCCAAGACAGUAGAAGGGUAAGGGUAUAUAUAUAUAUGUCUGUAUACAUCAUACCUGAUUGUGCAUUAGAAAUCUGUUGAUAAGUGACAGUAUUUGAAACAUAUGUUAAAGGUUAAAUCAUUAUUUCUGUUGUACCUUUUAAGAUUUAUAAAACUAAAUAUCCAGUAUUAUAUAGUCUGUCAGUAGAGAAAAUAUAAUUGAGUACAAUGACGGUAUGCUAUGUUACUUUAAUUUAUUGUUAUGUGAUUCAUUUUAUUGCUGUUAAGAACUGGGGAGUUUGGUGCAAGAAAGAUGUAUCUCUAUUUUUGUGAGCUUAUGUGAACAAAAAUGAAGACCAGUGACGUGAGGAAGUGUGGAAUUCAUACAGAAGCCUGCUGGAAAAGGCCACUAAGAAGACUGAAAAGGAGAUGGAAGGAUAACAUUAUAGUGGAUCUUAAUGAAACAGGCUAUGAGGAUGGGAGGUGGAUGAAACUGGCUCAGGAUCACGUCCAGUGGCAAGCUUUGGUAUUAGUUAUAUUAAACCUUCAGGUUCUGCUGCCAGAGAAAUGUGAAGAAAGCAAGUAAUUCAGUAAUCUGUCUUGAAUUUUGUAAUUUGUUUCUUUACAAAUAAGUGGCUUCACAUUAUCUUCUGCUUAAAUGUUGGAUUUUUAUGAUAUCAACAGUAGUAAUAUUCAUCAGUCAUUUGUUUCCACCAGGACUGGAUUUCCUUGACAAAGUCUUCCUUAUCAUUCAGAAUCUUUCCAUACGUACUUCUCAUGCAUGUGCUCCACCCCAUAGAGAGUAGGAGAUCUCAGUUUCAUAAGAUUUCUUUGCUUGUCUUCUCAGUGGUCAUUUGUUUGAUAUCUACAUUUCUUAUGCUCUCAAAGGAAACACAUUGCCCUUAUCAGUACCCCUUCACACCUUUCAUUUGAUCAAAUUUGCUUGUAGUGUUUCUACUUUCAGAUCUUACCUCAUUCCGAAGUAUUUGGUUUGGCCCCUUGUUCUUUUAAUGCCAUAUAAAACAUCUUGUUCAUUCCAUAUUCACAUUUCUGGUCAGUGUAUCAAAACACUAGAUAAGUGUUUGUCUUGUAUAGCAUACCUUUAAUUUCUUUUUUUUUUUGUUAGUCCAUUUCAGAAUAUCUUCUACAGUCUAGAAAAAUAUCCUGGCUUAGUGGGCUGACCAUUAUUCUUAUAUUAAAUGAUAAAAGAAACCCCUUAUGCAUUUUUUGAAGCUGUACCCCAUUUGUAUAGAAGUCCUUCAGUUUAUAUGUAUUGUAUGUGUUCCUCUGUGGAAUUUUAAAUUAUUUAAUUAUGAAAUAUUCUGACUUCUUUAAGGUUAAUUGUGACUUUCUGUAACAUAUUGAUAUUAGACUGAUAUCAAGUAUGAAAAGCUAGCCUUAUAAGACAGCAUAUUGUCUCUACAUAGGAAUAUAUUUUGUCAAAUUAAUCAAUUUUCAUGUAAUUUUGUUUGAAGCUUGUGAUAUUGAAAAUGGACCCCAUCCUCUUCUGCUUUCUUCUCCAGAUUACUAGUAAUCAUCCUGUGGACACUGUAUAACAUGUGCAGUUGAUAGCAUAUUGUUACAUAAACCAAGAAACAAAGAGAAACAAAACAAAAGUCAGCCAGCAGCAUAUCAGGCCAAUUCAUAAUUAACUUAUUUUUCACACAGGGUAAGAGCUCAUUAAUAUAAACAGGUGCAGAUUAAUUGUUGAUUCAGUUUUCUCAUAGUAUUUUGUAUAGAGGUCUGCAUGAACCUAAAUGCUGCUUUGAGGGCCUUAGCUGGGUAACCCAUAUUUAGCCUCAGGAUUGGUCACUGUAGCGAUAGUGAAGUGAGCCAUUAUUCAUAAAAUUUCAAAACUUCUUUGGGUCAGAAAAUAUUUUGAUACAAAUGAAGAACAUGAUUUCUUUUGUUAAAGAAGAUAUACCACCAUAUGUUGGUGCUGGAAGGUGGUCUGGUGAUGUUACUGUUUGAUAUUAAGGAAUUUGAUGUCUUCCAGUAAGGGAUUGGUCUAGUAUCAUGUGAAUUUACUGUAAUAUUCCAGUAACUUGAAAAUAAUCUGUCAGUUGUUAGUGAAAAUUGUUAAUCAAAGAUCAUUAAUAAGUUUAUGCAUAAGAAGAUUGGGUGUGUUCAUGAUUAGUUCUACAGUCUUCUGUGCAACAAUUUUAUUAAAACUUAAUAAAAGCUAGUCACACUAAAAGUAUUCACAUGUUUCAGCCAAAAUGGUCAUCAUUAGGUGUUAAAAGUUGUCAUUCAGAAAACUGAUGUGUAUUUGUUGAUAUAUGGUUCACCUAGUGCAGGAGAACAUAACACAGCAAGGAGGAAUACACACAUGUGCGCUAGGGGAACCAUAUUACUUACUUACUCAUGGAGCUGAGCCCUUCUGGAGGAGCUGCCAAUUCUGCAGCUACUCAAGA